CUUCCACUGCGCAGGCGCACAGAGUGCAACAAGAUGGCGGCCCCCGUGGAUCUGGAAUUGAAGAAGGCCUUCACAGAGCUUCAAGCCAAAGUUAUUGACACUCAACAGAAGGUGAAGCUUGCUGACAUACAGAUUGAACAACUAAACAGAACGAAAAAGCAUGCACAUCUGACAGAUACAGAGAUUAUGACUUUGGUAGAUGAGACUAACAUGUUUGAAGGUGUAGGAAGAAUGUUUAUUCUUCAAUCCAAGGAGGUCAUUCACAGUCAGCUGUUAGAGAAACAGAAAAUAGCAGAAGAAAAAAUUAAAGAGUUAGAACAGAAAAAAUCCUACUUGGAGCGGAGCGUCAAGGAAGCUGAGGACAACAUCCGGGAGAUGCUGAUGGCACGAAGGGCACAGUAGGGAGCCUCUAGGGCAAGCUCUUCUUCCUGACCCCUCCCAUUCCUGGCAAAAGUAGAGGGGCUUUUGUGGAGAAACAGCCUCCCCUCUGCCCUGAUGGAUGUUUUAUCUGGAUGGCCUAGCAACCCUGCAUUUUCUGCAUAACCCUGAGCUCCUUUCAGAUCCCAACACUGUGCUUUUUACCCUGGCUCUCCUGCCAUCUCUGCCCAGGACACUCCUUUCUUGUGGGGUGAGUUAUGAACUCCCAGGAGAAGGAAGAUGGGAGCCAUGACAGAUAGGGAAGCUCUGAGCCUUCUACUAGGCAUGCUGGUCAGACCAAUAAAAGGCAUAUGUCCCACUCUG